AUGGAGAAGCUACCACCGGAAUUAAAGCUUCAGGUACUGGAGAGUCUUCUCGAGAUAGAAUUAGUCUUCGAUAUGACCGAUCCCGCGAAAUUGGUACUCCCAAGACCCUCCCGCUGCAAGACUUCCUGGCAUGAUCUCAAAUGGGAACGUUGUCUGGAUUGGAAAUUGCACGCUUUUGCAAGAGGAGAGCGACACCAUGAAUGGAACAAUGCAGUCUUCAAUCUACGAUCGCUCUUGAGCUUGGCGCUCACGAACCACCAUCAUUACAGCUUCACAAUGCCAUUCUUGAAUAAACUUCUCGAUAACAUACUCAAACAAUUUCCAAAAGAGCCUUGGCAGCGCUGGCUCAAGACGCCUCAGACAUCAGAAGAUUUUGGCCCCGACUUCGUCAGUCACAUUUGGAACAUCCUUCGGCUCGGGGAUGAAUUUCGCAUCUGGGCUUUGAGGAAGGCUGCACCUGAGAACUCUUAUCCACUCAUCCUCGAAAGGGACUACAACCAUGUCAAAAAUUUCGAUGAGACCUGUUCACGCUUCGAAUUCGUGGAAUUCAAGGAUACGCAUGAGUUCCAAGGCUGGAUAUGGAGUACUUUCUGUAGACUAUGA